UCUCUAUAUUUUAAAAUUGUAAAAGUUAAAUUCGUUUCUUUUCCCAUAUUAUUUUUUCUGAAGUAUCCAUCUUCGAACCAGGCCGAGCUUCUCUCCAUCACCAGGGCAAGGGUUUCGGACCAUGUCUGGUGAUCUAGUUUUGAAGUCAUCAUGUGUUGGAUGUGGCUCGAAUUCUGAUCUGUAUGGAAGCAAUUGCAAGCAUUUGACACUCUGCCAAUCUUGUGGAAAGACAAUGGCUGAGACUCGCUCCAAAUGCUAUGAGUGUGGUACACCCAUCACUCGAUUGAUUCGUGAAUACAAUGUUAGGGCAAAUGUCAACACCGAUAAAACAUAUUAUAUUAGCCGCUUUGUCAUGGGUUUGCCAGGCUUUUCAAGGAAGAAAAAUGGUGAUGUCAAAUGGACUCUCCAAAAAGAAGGGCUUCAAGGGCGCCAAGUGACAGAGAGUUUGCGGGAGAAGUUCAAGAACAAACCAUGGCUUUUGGAGGAUGAAACAGGUCAGCAUCAAUAUCAUGGUCAACUCGAGGGUGCACAGAGUGCAACAUAUUACUUGCUAACAAAUCAGGGGAAGGAGUUUGUUGCCAUACCUGCUGGUUCAUGGUAUAACUUUAACAAAGUAGCGCAAUAUAAGCAACUUACAUUGGAGGAAGCUGAAGAGAAGAUGAAGAACAGGAGGAAGAAUGCUGAAGGUUAUGAAAGAUGGAUUAUGAAAGCAGCAAAUAAUGGAGCCAGUGCAUUUAGGGAUAUGGAGAAGAUUGAUGGAUCUGGUGGGAAUGGUGGUGCCAGUGGAGGUCGCCGAAGAAAGGGUAGUGGUGAUGAAGAUGAUGAUGCUGUAAGGUCUGAUAGGGAAGGGGAAGAUGACGACGACGAAGAAGCAAGAAAAAAUAGAUUGGGUUUGAACAAGAAAACAUUUGAUGAUGAAGGUGAAGAAGUUCCACGCGGAGAUGAUCAUGAUUUUGAUGAUGAUGACAUAGAGAAAGGUGAUGAUUGGGAGCACGAGGAAAUUUUCACAGAUGAUGAUGAAGCUGUUGGUAAUGAUCCUGAGGAACGAGAAGAUUUUGCUCCGGAAGUUCCUGCUCCUCCUGAAAUUAAGCAGGAUGAUGAGGAUGAGGAUGAGGGAAAUGAAGAUGAGGAGGGUGGACUAAGCAAAUCUGGGAGAGAGCUGAAGAAGCUGCUUGGACGAGCUGGAGGUCUAAAUGAAUCAGAUGGUGAUGAUGAUGACGACGAUGAUGAUUUGGAUGAUGACAUGGGGACGUCUUCUGUGUUAGCUCCAAAGCAGAAAGAGGUUAAAGAGGAACCUGUCGAUAAUAGUCCCACCAAAACUGCGACUUCAGGAUCCAAUCGAGGCACUCCUUCCACUUCCAAGUCAACAAAGGCUAAGAGGAAAUCUGGCAGUGAUGAUGCAAAACCUGCUGCUUCUGCACCCUCCAAAAAACCAAAAAUAGAAAAUGAUUCGAAGCCUGCUACCACCGUUAAAGAUGAGCCCGCAUCUGCUCAAAGAAGUAAUACCCCGGUCAAACUUCCAUCAUCAUCGGGAACAAAACCUGCAGGUUCUCCAGUUGCUGCUGCUGUACCUGUCACUGAGGAUGAAAUUAGGGCUGUCCUCUUGCAGAUGGCUCCAGUCACCACACAAGAUCUUGUUGGCAAAUUCAAGGCCAGGCUUAGAACUAAAGAGGACAAGGAUUCAUUUGCAGCUGUUCUUAAGAAGAUCUCUAGAAUUCAGAAGACUAACGGGGGGGCCAACUUUGUGGUAUUGAGGGACAAAUGACCAAUCGGCGCGUUUGAGAUCAAUUCAUCCUUAAAUUCUUAGGUAGAUAAUUUCCAUUAGAGAGAGUACUCUUUUGGAACUCGUAAGGUAUUUGUCAGGAACUUGAGAAAGUACGAAUCAGAGAAAUACAAAAAAAGGGGCUUGAGUGUAUGGUUAGCCAGUUGUUUAAUUUUGUUAUUCAGGUUGAAAAGACAACCAUUACAGUCAUGCUCUUAUUGUGCAGUUUUUACUUAUUUGGCCAGUGGAGUAGUUGUUUAUUGGAA